AUGACUCUCUUUUCUCGGACUAGCAACCCAUUUCUCCCCUCCAUUAAAGUUAGGGUUGUUCCGUUCGGUAUGGUUCAUCUUUCUCCUGCGAGGACAGGUUCGUCUCAGGGGACCCGCUCCUCCACAGCGCCAACACCUUUUGCUCCUUACAAUUGGCCAAAAAGUGCCCGACCACACCACACGUCCAGCAUUUCAGAGGUCUUACUUGCACUGGAGCCACCCUGUCUCUUACUUUUUCACGGGGGGCACCAGCGUAUUAAAUCGCUUUAUCCCCAGUUUACGGUCUCCCACUGCCGUACACCACCGAGCCUUGUGCCCGAACUCACCACAAGUCGUGCAGUCUGGCCCCAAAGACCUUGGGUCGCUUCCAUAGUUUAUCGGACAGUCGCGGGCCCGAUGCCCACCAUACUUGCAAGUCCAGCACAAGUCCAACACACCAGCCCAAAACGCAAAAUGCAGAUCCCAGGCUCUCCUAUUGGGAACUGCCUCAGCCUUCCAGUCCUCUUCCACCUCUUCUUUCGGGUCCCGUAUUUGGAUCCACUCCCGGUCUUUCUUUUCAUCACUACCUUGCCCCCCGUGGGUUCCUACCUACACCCCUCUUAUUUGAUCCCAGAGUCGCUCCAGCUUGAGAGCCGCCUCUAUGGCUGCAGCCAGGCUGACCAGUCCCCCCUUCAGAACAUCGCCCCUCAGAACUUGGACACCUGCCCCGCUGCGGCGUCAAAGUUAUUUUUCUAUCAUUAUUCGUCAACACUUCUCAGAAGCAUCCCGUGUAUCUAUCUAUCUAUCUAUCUAUCUAUCUAUCUAUCUAUCUAUCUAUCUCCAUAUAUAUAUAUAUAUAUAAGUUUUUGUUUUUUUUCUUCUGACUCUGUCUAUUUUCUUAAAAUGGGGGAUGUUGGCUGGGUGUUGCCUAUUGUUAUUUUUGGCUCCUUUCUUUCCUUCAUUGGUUUGCCAGGACACUUGCUCAUCAAGUUAUGCAACCUUUUUUCCAGUAUCUAUGAUUUAAUGUUUUAA